AUGUAUGCAUGGGGUGCAAAUAGUCAUGGUCAGCUUGCCAUUGGCUCCACCGAAGACAAGGCGACACCGACGCGUGUUCCGAUCUCCUUGAAACCCGACCUUUUUGCUGGAGGUGGAACAUUUUCCGUUUUUGUCGAAAAUUCUGCGAUUUGGGCAGCCGGCCAGCUGCAGCCGAGAGAGGAAUUGGAGCAGCAGACCACAUUCCGGAUGGUGGGCAAAGUGGAUGAGGGCAUCAAGGCUCUUUCUUGUGGUUGGGACUUCUUUAUCGUUCUUUCAAAUAGUGGGAAACUCUACUUUCGGGGCCGCAAUAGGCCUGGUUUUGCUUUUGAUAACUCAACACCUUCCUGGGUGGGUGCACUAUCGCCGAUUGUGUUCGAUAUUGUCGAAACAAGGCAUAUUGCGGCGGGACUGCACCACGUAGUUGCUGUUUCGAGCACGGAUAAAGUGUACGAAUGGAAGGGUGGUAAGGUUCGAGAGGUUGUUGCGGAGAACUCGGGCAAAAUUGUGGGCUGUGUGGCUGGCGGACAGCAUUCUGUCUUAUGGACAGACGAUGGAUGUGUUGGUGUGUGGGGAGAUAUGCGAUUUGGACAGGGUGGUCCUGUGGCUGAUGAGGCAAAGGGACUUUGCAGAAAGACUGAUCGCGUGCGGUGGAUCCCCAGCAGUUUCUUUCUCAACAAAGGCAUUGUCGAUGUGCAGUCUGGUUGGAGCCAUAUUCUUGUGCUCACAGAAACUGGAAAGGUUUUUUCUUGGGGUCGUUGUGACUUUGGUCAGCUCGGACGUACGGUCAAUGCAGUUGCGACAGCAAGCAUCGCAUGGCCACAAAGUGGUCGCAUUUUCGACCCCACACCCCAUCCAGUGGCCCUGCCCACCUCUUCCGUUCGAUUGAUAUCAGCAGGGGCAGAGCACUGCCUCGCUGUGGUGGGCGAGAAUGAGGUGUGGAUGUGGGGCUGGAACGAGCACGGAAAUUGUGGUACUGCGUUGACGGUGGAGGCGGCACCGGUGGUGGUAGAAGGUGACGCGCCCUCAUCGGUGUUCUCGGAACGGGAGGACUGGUGUGUGGCGCUGCCGCGGCUCGUAUCAUUUGUGGGGAAGGGUAAUGUGCUCUUAGCGGCUGCGAGCUAUGGAUACUCCAUGGCGCUCACGGACGCGUAA